AUGGCGGCUACUACUUCCCUCGACCACCUGAGCAACCGCAUGAAGCUGGAAUGGCACUCCAAGCUCAACACCGAGAUGGUGCCCGCCAAAAACUUCCGCAGAACCUCCAUCAUUUGCACCAUCGGCCCCAAGACCAACUCCGUUGAGAGUAUCAACCUGCUCCGCAAGGCCGGUCUCAACGUCGUUCGUAUGAACUUCUCCCACGGCUCAUAUGAGUACCACCAGUCUGUCAUCGACCACUCCCGCGAGGCCGAGAAGCUUCAGCCCGGUCGCCCUCUGGCGAUUGCUCUUGACACCAAAGGACCCGAGAUCCGUACUGGCAACACCACCGAUGACAAGGAUAUUCCCAUCAAGGAGGGCCACGUGAUGAACAUCACCACUGAUGACCAAUAUGCCACCGCUUGCGACGAUGAGAACAUGUAUCUCGACUACAAGAACAUCACCAAGGUGAUCCAGCCGGGCAAGCUCAUCUAUGUUGAUGAUGGUAUUCUGUCAUUCGAGGUGAUCGAGGUUGUUGACGACAAGACUGUCCGUGUUAAGUGCUUGAACAACGGCAACAUCUCCUCCCGUAAGGGUGUCAACCUGCCGGGUACCGAUGUCGAUCUUCCCGCUCUUUCCGAGAAGGACAAGGCCGAUCUGCGAUUCGGUGUUAAGAACAGAGUUGACAUGAUCUUUGCUUCGUUUAUUCGUCGCGGUCAGGACAUCCGCGACAUCCGCGAGGUUCUCGGUGACGAUGGUAAGGAGAUUCAGAUCAUUGCCAAGAUCGAGAACCAGCAGGGUGUGAACAACUUCGACGAGAUCCUGGAAGAGACUGACGGUGUCAUGGUUGCCCGCGGUGACCUCGGUAUCGAAAUCCCUGCCGCCAAGGUGUUCAUCGCCCAGAAGAUGAUGAUCGCCAAGUGCAACAUCAAGGGCAAGCCCGUCAUCUGUGCCACCCAGAUGCUUGAGUCCAUGACGUACAACCCUCGCCCUACCCGUGCCGAGGUCUCCGAUGUCGCCAAUGCUGUUCUCGACGGUGCUGACUGUGUCAUGUUGUCCGGAGAGACUGCCAAGGGUAACUAUCCUUGCGAGGCUGUUCGCAUGAUGCACGAGACUUGCCUGCUCGCUGAGGUCGCCAUCCCUCACUUCAACGUAUUUGACGAGCUCCGCAACCUUGCCCCUCGUCCCACCGACACCGUCGAGUCUAUUUCCAUGGCCGCUGUGAGCGCCAGUCUCGAGCUCAAUGCCGGUGCCAUCGUCGUUCUGACCACAAGUGGCAAAACCGCUCGUUUCCUGUCCAAGUACCGCCCUGUCUGCCCUAUCAUCAUGAUCACUCGCAACCCCGUUGCUUCUCGCUACUCCCACCUUUACCGUGGUGUCUGGCCGUUCUACUUCCCGGAGAAGAAGCCCGACUUCAGCGUUCAGAUCUGGCAGGAGGAUGUUGACCGCCGUCUCAAGUGGGGUAUCUCGCACGGUCUGGCCCUCGGAAUCAUCAACAAGGGUGACCCCAUUGUCUGUGUCCAGGGCUGGCGCGGCGGCAUGGGCCACACCAACACCAUCCGUGUGGUCCCCGCUGAGGAGAACCUUGGUCUUGUCGACGAGUAA